CCGGGUCGCACCCCAUUGCUUCCUUCCCUCUCGGCUGCCGUGUGUCCGCGGCACCCUUCGGCCGGCACGGUCCCUGUUCAGGAACACGCAGCCGUCCCGGGAGCUCAGUCCCCAGACCCAUGGAGUCUGCAAUCAAGUUAAAGCCUGGAGUCACCAAGUGGGACAUUCGGCAGAAGGUUUGGGAUUAUAUGGAGGAAAACAAUUUGGCAAACUUCCCAAGACCAGUUCAUCACAGAAUUCCUAAUUUCAAGGGGGCUGCUCAGGCUGCAGAGAACUUGCCAAGUCUCCAAGAGUUCAAAAACGCACGGAUUGUCAAAGUAAAUCCCGACAAGCCACAGGAAAAUGUCCGUUUGCUCGUUCUAGAAGGUGCAUACGAAGCCUGUAAUAAAAUCAAAAGCCUAGAUUGUUUCAUCAAGGCAAGAGAGCUGAAGGUGGAUCCUGACAAACCACUUGAAGGAGUCCGUUUAGCCACUCUCCAGGCAAGGAAAACAUUGUUGGUCCCAACACCUCGGCUGAGAACAGGACUGUUCAACAAAAUUGUUCCACCUCCUAGGGCCUCAAAGGAAAUAUUAAGAGUAUGUUCUACUGCUCAGGGUGUGAAGGAUUUCAGUGUACCUGUGGGACUUGAUGCGAAAGUUCACAUAGACCUGGUUGUGGUGGGCUCCGUGGCUGUAUCUAAGAAAGGCUGGAGAAUUGGAAAAGGAGAAGGCUUUGCUGACUUGGAAUACUCCAUGAUGGUAUCGAUGGGAAGCAUUGAUGAGGAUACAGUUGUUGUUACCACAGUACAUGACUGCCAGUUGCUUGACAUCCCAGAAGAGUUGAUGGACAACCAUGAUCUAAUUGUAGAUUACAUCCUUACACCUACUCAAGUGAUCAGAACAGAUUGCAAGUGUUCCAAACCUCAAGGAAUUAUAUGGUCAAAGGUGGAUUCAGAGACGAUGAAAAAAAUUCCUAUCCUUAAAAGCUUUCGCUUCAGGGAAAAGCAAGGCGGCAAGGAUGUUACGCUGAAGGAUGAAAAAUGCAUCGAUACAAAAGAACUGCAAAAGUUCUCUGAUGAAAGGACGUCAAGGAAAGGUGCAACUACAACACGGAUUGAAAAUCAUCCAUUUGAAAUGACUGGAAAUUGUGAUGACUGUAAAACACAGUCUAAUGCUCCAAGCAGAGUUACUACAGUAUAUAUGGGUAAUAUACCUCAAUGUAUGAGAGUCAGUGAAUUGAAGAAUAUUCUGAGAUAUCACAAUGCAGUUCCAUUACGUCUGAAUUGGCAGGGUGCUCAACACCGAGCUUUUCUUGACUACAAGGAUGAGGUAACUGCAGAAGCAGUUGUAACUUCACUCGCAGGGUUAAAUUUAAGUGGGAGCGUUGUUAGAGUUGAACUUGCCAACAAGCAGGGUGACAACAGAUUUAGAAGUCAAACAAAUGUAUAUGUGAACAGACGGUCUUUAACAUGA